AUGGGUAUCUGUUUGCCCUCCAUGGUUCAAGCCAAGCAGAUUCUCAAACUACAGUCACUUCUUUCUAAAAAUCGAGCACAGGUCCCUAAAGGCCAUUUUGCAGUUUAUGUUGGGGAAGUUGACAAGAAGCGCUAUGUGGUUCCAAUAUCUUACUUGAACAAUCCUUCAUUCAGAUCCUUGCUAUGUCAGGCUGAGGAAGAAUUUGGGUACAAUCAUACAAUGGGUGGUCUCACUAUUCCAUGUGAGGAACAUGCUUUACUCGAUCUUGCUUCUCGACUACAGAAGAUCAUGGGCAUUCGUUUUCCCUCCAUGGUUCAAGCUAAGCAGAUUCUCAAACUACAGUCACUUCUUUCUAGAAAUCAGGCAGAGGUCCAUAAAGGCCAUUUUGCAGUUUAUGUUGGGGAAGUUGAGAAGAAGCGCUUUGUGGUUCCAAUAUCUUACUUGAACCAUCCUUCAUUCAGAUCCUUGCUAUAUCAGGCUGAGGAAGAAUAUCGCUUCAAGCAUCCAAUGGGCAGUCUCACAAUUCCAUGCAACGAAGAUGCUUUCAUUGAUCUCACUUCUCAAUUAAAUACAUCAUGA